AUGGCGCCAACUAAACGAAGCGCAAAGUCUGACGCCGAGGCUCCGGUCAAGGCACACGGGGAGCUGGUCGGGGUUGCGGGUGCGACGCGGCCGUGUCGCGGGACACUGCCCGCCCCUUUGAAAUUUCCAAUCGCGGCGACGCUGAGCUUUUGCAUGGCGAGCCUGGGCUACAGCCUCGUCGGCGAGCUCAGCAAAGGAGAGCUCGCCUCGGUGAGCCGCAGUCAGGAUACAUGGGGCGAAGUGUCCAUCUUGGCAGGGUGGAGGAUCGCCGAGCUGGCCCUUGCGUGGGUGGGCAAUCUAGACGCCCUGGACGUUGCCAUGCUGGACAUGUUGUCUCAUGGACCAUGGCUCUUCCUCCUGACUGCAUUUUACUCACUGAGUCCUGCCACCGCGGCAUCUGCACUGGCUGUAGAUAUACUGGCGGCGGCCGUGCCCUUUUACCUGCUACGCCCGCUUUCAAACGUCCACCGAGGCUCGGCGAGGGUGCCGAAUCGCGAGCUCGUCGACCUGCCGCUGCAGCUGUACACGACGGCACUGUCCACGGGCAUAUACACCGUCGUGCUAGUCCUGUCGCUGCGCUUCGUCCUGCCCCGGAUCCUCGUCGUCUACUUUUCUGGCCUGCCCAGCCUCGAGCCCGCGUACACGGCGUCCUACAGCGGCAUCCUCCCGGCCACGCUCCUCCUUGGUGCGGCCGCCAAUGCCUUCAUCUUUGCGCCCUUUGCCACGACGGGCAAGUCGAAGGAGGACGACGAGGCCAGCCAGUUCGAUCCAGUCAUGGCCACGCUAUGUGAGACGGUGCGAUGGAACCUUUGGGGCUACACGUCCAAGACCAAAGUUGUCAUCCGACGAACGGUGGCCGUGAUGCUCCUGACGGGGGUCAACACCUACCUCUCGUGCACCAGGACCAUGCACGGCGUCGAGGAGGCCGGCGCAGCCUCGUACGCUGCUGUAUGGGUCUUGGCGGCCCUGUGCACAGGGCUUGGGCUUGGGCUUGUCGGCGGCGAUUAG